GGGUGCUGGCUUUCCAUGGCGGGCUCCAUGGCUGCCACCGCCGCCCACACCGACAUCGCCGACCUCUCUGGCAAUUUCUCCGGCGGAAAAGCUCGGCUUCAACUGCGGAAUCAAUUGGAUGCCUUAUCUGUGGCGCCCAAUUCCGCUGCAGCAGCCCUGGCCGCCGCUUCCGUAUCUCUUAUCCUCACUUCCGCUGCCGAAAACAUGGAACAAUGGUAUUCGGAAGAUGAGUCCGAGUUACAUGAGGCGAUGAUGCUCGGAGAGGUACUCACGUUCGUCACAGGUCCAUCCUGCAACCAGAUGGCCAUGGACGCACUGUCUUUAGAGCUCCCGAAUCCUGUGGCCAAGCUCGGUGCUAUCUGUCUGGAUUUAAGUGCUGCCAAGGCUAUACUUGAGAGGUUUGCAUUCAAUUGCAGCCCAAGAGAUAACGUCCUGAUACUCUGCGAGGCACUGGAUAGACACAGCUCAGUACCAGUGGUGAAUAGUGCUUCCUACUUCAGCAUACUGAUAGAUGGGAUUGGAAAGGUGCUUCCUUUGAUUCAGAGUCAUCAUGCAUAUAAUAUAAAGAUGGCACUGAGAGUUGUCAUUGGAUGUGUGAAAUAUAGCGUAUCUGUAUUGAAGGAGCAUAAUGGAAGAAAUGCUAUUGGUUUAUUCAAUGCAGCCUUUGGAUUCAGCAAUACUGUUCAAGAAAUGUGUGAAAGAAUGAUUGAUGAUGAAAAGGAAGAAGUAACUACAACACUUGGUUUGUUUGCACUUCAAAAUGUUGCUUUAAUUUCACAAAGUAAACAAGAGCAUUCAUUGUCAUGUGGUCUGCUUGCUAUUGGUUAUUCACAAUUGGCAAUACAGUCUGGAUUUUCAUGGAAGGGCCUUCUAUGUGGCGAUGGUAUUAGAUCAGCUAUUGGAAAGAAUAAUGAAGGUUUGGGUAUGAGCAAAUUAGAGUUCUUUUCUCUGGCUAUCGAAGGUGCACAUCUUUCAGUUACUUGGAUGAACAACUAUCACAAUAUGCUUGAGAUUCUACCAGCUAUUGCGGAAGUCAAUUUAGCAUGGACUGAUAAGUGGAGGGCAAUUCAGAUGUGCAAGUAUGUACUCCGCUCGAGGAAUUACCAGUGGCAGAUCAAAUCCUGGAGCUUAGAGUUUCUUUCAAUUUUCGAUGAAAGUUCUAGUGAGGAAGCAAGUCAGGAUGAACGUUUAGUAUCAGUUCAUAUUGCGAUUGUGAUGAUAAAGGAAAUCGAGGGUAUGAGGACAUCUGUCCCAGAUGAAUCAGUGCAUACAAAAGCUUAUGCUGCUAUAAAGAAGAUCAUUCGAAUGUUGCCUCAGUGCGAAAGAUUCACAUUGCUGCAUGAGCUUUUAAAGGACAGGACGUGCCCAAUUUCGACAGGGUAUCUUCUGGAAAUGGUGAAAGAGGAUAUUAAUACAGAGUGUAAGUUGUUCGAUGAAUUGCAAGAUUACGAGGCAUUACCACCUUGUUUUCAGGACUGCCUUGAUUUUCUGUUUAUAAAUUUGAGCCGUCCUUAUGAAGAUAAUCUUGAUUCCUGGGGAAAGGUGUUGGACUGUCUCAAUUUGCUCAGAUAUCUCCUGAUGAGAGGAUCAAGAAUAUUACCAAAGCCUGUAGUGAGAAGAAUUUGUCUUGAGUUGAUAGCCUCACUAAGAUAUCACCUUGCUGCAAGGCUAAGCGGCAAUGAUGAUUGCACGAUUCACGAGGAACUUGUUUGGCUGGUUGUUUGGGUGGUUGUUGACAGGUGUAUGACACUGGCGGAAGAUCUGGUCGCCGCACCCGUGGAUGGGUGAUGCAGUGCUCAAAGGAGUAGGCAAACUAACUGGUGCUGGGGUUGGUGGUGUAUCGAACAAGGGGACGUGUGUACGCCCACUCUUAUUGGAUGAGGUUUAACAGCGAGAUGGAUAAAUCUGAUAACAAGUUAAUUAUCAACCUUUCUAACUACUAGUUGAAAAUAUACUAGAUUUAUUUUUGCA